CCUCGCAUCGAAGAUGAUGAGCCCGGGACUUUUGUUGCUCUCGUUAGCUGUUCUUGUGCUCGGUUCGGGGGCUUUUCAGAUUCAGCCGAUGGUAAAUGAUACGAAAAACGAUGAAUGGGUCUGGGUAUCACUGCCAGACGACCAAGACAUUUGUUCGGUGUUUUUUUACACCGAACACUGUGAAAAUGAGGGUCCAGCCUUUAAUUACAGAGUCGACCCAAAUAUAGGACACCCCUGGGCUGUGAAGGAGUACCUAAAUGAUACCCUUAGAGUCUCGGUCGUUGUUGAAACGUAUCAAAGCGAGAUAAUUAGCGAGUCGUUCAAGAUUACACCCAGAGGAGGGUCAAGAGACUCUGGUCUGAAGCCGGUCAGGAAAUACAACAUCGGCACAAGACGGCCCUCGGAUUGCGAGGCACUAAAGCAUCCCCAGAGAUUUUGCAUCCCAACAGAUUCUGUAUUCAAUGGAGAGGCUUGUGAAUGCGGUGGACGAAUGAUCUUCAGUGAAACAUUUGAGAACGAAAGUUGGAGAAAUAAUUGGCAACACAUGGAGCAUUCACGGCUUCCCAAUCCCUACUACGAGAGUGUGGCCUUUGUGCAUAACAGGAUCAAUUCAUAUGUGAAAGACAGUGCCUUACAUCUGCGAGUCACCCCGUCCAAGUAUAGCCGGGCCAAUCCAUUUUAUUUGAAAAAUUGCACCUGGUCGACCAAAGAGAAAGUUUACUGCGGCUACAGUAGAUAUAAAAUACAGUCAAAAAAAUAUUGGCCACCCUUCAAUUCGGCCAGCAUUAAUUCAAUGUCCGAUUUCACAUAUUGCCGAAUCGAAAUAGAAGCCAAGCUGCCAAUUGGAGACUGGCUGUUCCCAGUACUCUCGCUGAAAUCCAAAAUCAACUCGGCAUCCAUUCGCAUUGCCAUUGUCCGAGGCAACAAGCAACUCAAGGACAUUGCUGGGAACGAGAUUGGCGGCAAGAGCCUCUUCGGCGGAGCCAUUGUCGAUAUGAACAGACAUGAGGCUAUGCGGCAUGUCACUGUCGGCAAGCACUUUGGCGAAGACUUUCACACUUAUACGGCUAUUUGGAAGAAAAACAUCAUUAUUUUCAAGGUGGAUGGACGUCCCUACGCCGAAAUCACCGACACGGACAUCCUGAACGAGUUGAGUGAGGGCAAGUGCCACAUCCAGCUGGGAUUGACUGUCGGAGGAGAGUAUAAUUUCCCCGACUCACGUAUUUUUCCAGACCAAAAACCUUUCCGAAACAACAUAAAUGGCGGUAUUCGAAAUCUAUCUUUGCAUAACUUUGAUUCCGAGUUAGUCAUUAGAUCCCUCAGAGUUUAUUCCAUUACCGAUUAUGAACAAUGAAACUAUCAAUUUUUUACAUCAUAGACUAGAAGUCUAAGCUUAUCAAUAUAUGGGAAAGUCCCCCCUUUUUUGGAUCCAGGGCUAGUUGAGUCAUGUUAGCUUAUAAAAAUAAUAGUCUCUGCUAGAUCAGCCGUAUUAGAACAA